AUGUCUAAAUACAACGAAACAGUGCCAGAAUUUUAUAACUUGAUAACUGAUUAUCAACAACACAAGUUCCCACCAAAAGCUCUCAAAUUGGUGAAUGAAAUUAAUUUGGCAAGAGAAGAUGACAUUAAGAAUGAACCGAAAAAAGUCGAGGAAUUAAGUCAAAAGGCUCAAGAUUUCUACAAGGAGUUUGUAGCCUUACGAAACAUGAAGGAACUUUCUUUCCGCAAAUAUAUGGAAAAGGUUUGGUCAUUGUUUGAUAGUGCCAGUAAGGAAACAAAGCAAGAAAUUGAUAGUGUUAAAGUUGUGAUAUAUGUAAAAUUUAUCAAUUAGUAAAAAUAAAAAAUAAUAUUUUUCUUUGAAAAAUGUAAAAUAUUAACUUGUUGUAAAAUAAACUAGUUGAAGCAUAGUAGUUUUCAUGAGAAUCGUUACAAAGUAAAAUAAAUGUCAUUUUUAAUUGAGGUGUAAGAGAGGGGGGACGGUGAGAGUUUGAUGAAAACCGUUAGAAUAGACCAUUAUAGCUAUUCUCAACUGAGCCCCAUCCAGGUGAUUCUGUUGCUCGAGCUACCGAGUCUUGA